AUAAAACUGGAAAUAGAAAAUUGGGUUCAAAUUACAGUAUGGAAGAACAUAUGCUACAUAAUAUAUAGCUUCAGAAGUGCAGCAACCAGUCAUCAAUCCUUCAACACUCCACUGCAACUCCGGCCACCAUGAAGCUCCCAAUCUCUAUUCUCAGCUUCCUCCUCCUCCUCUCCACCACCACCUAUGCCCACAAUAUCACCCGCAUCCUAGCUCAGCAUCCUGACUUCUCCACAUUCAACCACUAUCUCACCACCACCCAUCUCGCCGCCGAGAUCAACCGCCACCGCACCAUCGUCGUUGACAAUGCCGCCAUGAACAACCUCCUAUCCAAGCACUUCUCCCUCUACACCAUCAAGAACAUCCUCUCCCUCCACAUCUUCGCUGAUUACUUCGGCUCCAAGAAGCUCCACCAGAUCACCAAGGGCUCCACCACCACCUCCUCCCUCUUCCAGGCCACCGGCGAGGCCGCAGGAACCUCCGGAUACGUCAAUAUCACCGACAUGAAGGGGGGAAUCGGGUUCUCCCCUGUCGACAGCGACUCCGACCAACCCAUGGCCACCUACGUCAAAUCCAUUGAAGAAUUGCCCUACAACAUCUCCGUCAUUCAAAUCAGCCACAUUCUCUCCUCGCCGGAGGCCGAGGCCCCCACCGCAGUCCUAAUCGACCUUAACUUAACUUCUCUAAUGGCAAAGCAAGGCUGCAAGACCUUCUCGGACCUGAUAACCGCGCAAGGCACAGAUAAAACCUUCACUCAAAGCGUCGAAGGGGGCCUCACGAUCUUCUGCCCGUCUGACGACACCAUCGCAUCCUUCAUGCCCAGGUACAAAAACCUCACAGCUGAGGGAAAAACUUCACUGCUGCUAUACCACGGGCCGGUGUACAAUUCCUUGGGAAUGCUUAGAUCCAGCAACGGAUUGAUGAACACUUUGGCCACCAAGGGAGCCAACAAAUUCGAUUUCACGGUGCAGAACGACGGCGAGGACGUGAAGAUCGAGACCAAAGUCGUUACGGCGACGAUCAGAGGAACUCUGGUCGACGAAGACCCCCUCGCAGUUUACAAGAUCGACAAGGUCUUGCUUCCCAGAGAGCUGUUCAAGGUGGCGCCGUCGGCCCCGGGGACGAAGUCAGCAAAGUCGAGGGCCCAAGACGAGGCGGAUGCUCCGGGUCCCGCCGGCGAUGAGGUUCCGGCUGAUGAGAAUUCGAGCAACGACGGCAUGAGACUUGUGGGUUGUGGCGGGAUAUUGACGCUGAGCUUCAGUUUGAUUUUGGGAGAAUUGGUGUGCGCUUUUUGA